GGAAGUUUUCGCUGUUUUUGGUCAGACCAGAUGCAUUGUGGGAGCAGGUUGUGUAAACCAAAAAUGUCAGCCUCAAGUUACAACAGUUUUUGGCGGACUGGCUGGGGUGUUUUGCGUGUUCCGAUAACCAAAAUCAGCCAAGCAGUUGCACUAUCUAAUUUCCCGUCGAGGUGCAGUGCCAGGGCUUAUGGCACAGGCGGCACCACGUUUGGAUCCAAACUCAUCUCCACUCUUCCCCUGCGCGCAACCAACAGGCGCGUCUUUGGGUUUGCUUUUUUGUUCGGAGGGGGAGUCGGCUUGUAUCAAACCAUACAAUUCUCAUUUCAACAGCAUUUUGCAGAGGAUGAAUUGCCCAAUCUCCCCAAUCUCCAAUAUAGCAUCCCCACAAACCACGGCUCUGACCUGACGUUUGCCACAGACUUAACGUUUACCUUAUACCAGUACAAGACCUGUCCAUACUGCAGCAAAGUGCGGGCAUUCCUCGACUACUAUGGUUUUCCAUAUAAGGUUGUGGAAGUCAACCCUGUCAUGCACACGGAGAUCAAAUGGUCAUCGGAGUACCAAACGGUGCCCAUUCUUAUGGUGGAGGGGAAAGAAAUUGUGCAACUGAACAACUCAUCUGUCAUUAUCAGUGCAAUGAAGACGUGCAUGAUUGACAAAGAAAGAACGAUGUCAGAGGUUGUAAAGUACUUUCCGAGACUCCCAUCUACCAAUGCCUGGGGGAAUGAAAUUCUGGAGUACACUAACAAAUACUGGGUGAUGUUGAAUGAGAUUAAGAUCACUGAGGUGUACACAUCUAAAAAUGCCAGAAAGGAGGAGGUACGAUGGCGUCAGUGGGCUGAUGACUGGCUAGUGAACCGGAUAAAGCCUAAUGUGUACAGGACUCCCGCUGAGGCCUUGGCCACCUAUGACCACAUAGUGCGUGAGGGCAACUUUGGUUCUGUUCCUUUUGCCAAGUAUGGAGGGGCCUUCUAUAUGUUCUGGGCCUCCAAGGUCCUGAAAAUCUGGUACAAGUUACAGGACGAUGUAAGGGAAGAUUUGUACAUGGCUGUGAAUGAGUGGAUAACAGCUAUUGGGAGGAAGAGGAAAUUCAUGGGUGGUGACAAACCCAACCUCGCUGAUCUGGCGGUGUAUGGAGUCCUCCGAUCCAUGGAGGACCUGGAGGCCUUUUACGAUGUGAUGGAAAACACCAAGGUGAAGAAGUGGUAUCUGGCCACAGAGAAACAAGUGAAGGAGCAAGGUGGUCGGAACCUAUGAAGAAAACCACUGCAGAACUAUCAUGGCAUAACUGAGUUCUAGGUUGCUGAUUCAGGCUACCACUGCACAUAGAACAUCUGGAUGCAAAGGUUCUCUACCAGUCAGCACACUUUCAUAACAUGUUACAGGUGCCGGUGUUAUGUGAAUGAACGGACAGUCUACCAUGUUUCAUGUUCUCUGUACAAUCAAAGCCUCUUUCAAAUAUCUUUAUGGAUACAGUCUUAGUUUCCCAGAAAAAAGGUAGCUCAAUAGUCUAUGUAUGUAUUAAAAUAAAUGUGUGUAAAUAUGACUAUUUAACAGUUAAUGUAUUGCAGUAAUAGACUGUUAUUCACUCUUUGUGAAUCUGCGAAGUAGACCACUAAGCAUGUUUAAUUAUUUUAUCCGUAUUGUGAGCGGACCAAGUAAUUGGGUGUCACUCUAAAGCGGGAAGGUGGAAUAAACGAGUCAGGAAUAGGUUUUCUUGAUUUAACACAG